GUGGAAAUCGCUUUAUUCAAAAUUUAGCAACACUAUCUUGGGGUUGCAUACUUGGAAUAAACCAAACAUGGCAGAACUUGAAAACAAGGUUCAAGACCUUUCCUUGAAGGAGAAAGAAGUUGAAAAGAAGGACGUUCCUUUGGGUCCUGAUGGAAAGCCUUUGUCGAAGAAGGCUUUGAAAAAGCUCGAAAAGGAGCGUGAAAAGGAGAAAAAGAGAAAGGAACGUGAAGCUCGCGAAGCCGCUGAGCGUGCUCAGCGCGAAGCUAACGAGGUUGAUUACGCCAAAGACUUCUACGGUGUUCUUCCUUUGAACAAUUCCUCAAAGCGUGAAGGAAAGGUUUACACCAACAUUUCCGACAUUUCUGCUGCUAAGGAUGGCGAAAAGGUCCUCAUCAGAGCUCGUGUGUAUACCUCCCGUCUUCAAGGCAACAAAAUGUGCUUCUUUGCUCUUCGCCAAAAGUUCAGCACUGUCCAAGGUUUGGUUGUUGUGAACAAGGAAACCAUCAGUAAGCAAAUGGUCAAGUUCUGUGGCAGCAUUCCUCUUGAGACCAUUAUCCUUGUUGAAGGUAUUGUUAAGAAGAGUCCUGAACUCAUCAAGAGUACGACUGUCCAAGACGUCGAGAUUCAAAUCUCUUCCGUCUUUGUUGUUUCCUCUGUUAAGAAGCAGUUACCUUUCCUUGUUGAAGAUGCUGCUCGUUCGGAGCAACAAAUCAAGGCUUCUGAGGAGUCCGCCAAGGAAGGUGACUCUAAGUUCGUUCGUGUUUUGCUCGAUACCCGUUUGGACAACCGUGUCCUCGACCUUCGCACUCCAACGAACCAAGCUAUCUUUCAGAUCCAAGCCGGAAUCUGCCGUGCUUUCCGUGAUUACUUGUUGAACAGCAAGUUCACUGAAAUCCACACCCCCAAAAUGACUGGUGCCUCCAGCGAGGGUGGUUCCAAUGUUUUCUCCAUCAAGUACUUCAACAGCACUGGUUACCUUUCUCAAUCUCCUCAGCUCUACAAGCAAAUGCUUAUUGCUGCUGACUUUGACCGCGUCUUUGAGAUUGGUCCCGUUUUCCGUGCCGAGGAGUCUAACACUUACCGUCAUAUGACCGAGUUCACUGGUCUGGAUCUUGAAAUGGCUUUCGAUGAACACUAUCACGAAGUUAUGGGCUUCAUCGAAAAUCUCUUCUUGCACAUUUUCCGUGUGUUGAAAACCGAGUAUAGUGAGCAAGUCGCCAUUGUUCGUCGCCAAUACCCUUCGGAAGAUUUCCUCAUUCCCGACCAAGCACCUCUUCGCUUCCACUUCAAGGAGGCUAUUGCACUUUUGAAGGGCGCAGGUUACCGUCAACAAUUGGAGCCCGGUAAGGAAAUUCCCAAGGAGGACGAAUUCCGUUACGUUAAGGACCCCGACUUUGAGGACUUGAGUACUCCUGAGGAACGUGUAUUGGGUGCUAUUAUUCGUGAAAAGCACAACACUGACUUCUACGUUAUCGACAAAUAUCCCGCUUCUGCACGUCCCUUUUACACUAUGCCCGAUCCUGAGGACCCUCGUUACUCCAACAGUUACGAUUUCUUCAUGAAGGGUCAAGAAAUUAUGUCGGGAGCUCAACGUAUCCACGACCCCGAGUUGCUUGUUGAGCGUAUGAAUGCUCUUGGUGUUGAUCCUAACGGCUUGAAGGAUUACAUUGAUGCUUUCCGCCUCGGCUGUGUUCCUCAUGCUGGCGGUGGUAUUGGUUUGGAGCGUGUUUUGAUGUUCUACUUGAAUUUGCCUAACAUUCGUCUUGCCAGUGCCUUCCCCCGUGAUCCUAAGCGUCUUCUUCCUUAAGCUAUUCCAUAAAUGAAGCAUUGAGUGUAGACUUGUGUAUGCUAGAGUACAAAAUGAUAGAUUUUUUGUGUGCAAUGUUGAAAAUGUAGGCGGCCUCCCGUGAUUUAUAUGAAUGCGAAGUUUCAUUGAC